AUGGCGUUCAUCAGCAAUGUCGUGGCGAUGAAGGCGGCGGCCGUGGCCGCGCUGCUGGUGAUGGCCGCGGUGUCACCCGCCGCGCGCGCGCAGGGAGGCGCGCCGUCGGUGCCCGCGGGCCCGCUGGACAUCGCGCAGCUGGGCGCCAAGGGCGACGGCAAGUCGGACAGCACCCCGAUGCUCCUCAAGGCGUGGAAGAACGCGUGCGACGCGACGGGGGUGCAGAAGAUCGUCAUCCCGCCGGGCAACUACCUGACGGGCGGGAUGGAGCUGUCGGGCCCCUGCAAGUCCUCCAUCAUCAUCCGCCUCGACGGCAACCUGCUCGGCACAGGCGACCUCAACGCGUACAAGAAGAACUGGAUCGAGAUCGAGAACGUCGAGAACCUGUCCAUCAACGGCCACGGCACCAUCGACGGGCAGGGCGCCCUGGUGUGGAACAAGAACGACUGCCAGCAUUCCUACAACUGCAAGAUCCUCCCCAAUAGCUUGGUGCUGGACUUUGUGACGAACGCCCAGAUCCGCGGCAUCACGCUGGCGAACAGCAAGUUCUUCCACCUGAACAUCUUCGCGAGCAAGAACGUGCUGAUCGACAAGGUGACGGUGACGGCCCCCGGCAACAGCCCCAACACGGACGGCAUCCACAUCGGCGACUCCAGCAACGUGACCAUCAGCGGCACCACCAUCGGCGUCGGCGACGACUGCAUCUCCAUCGGCCCCGGCAGCAAGAUGAUCCGGAUCGAGGGCGUCAAGUGCGGCCCCGGCCACGGCAUCAGCGUCGGCAGCCUGGGGCGGUACAAGGACGAGAAGGACGUGGAGGACUUGAAGGUGAAAGGGUGCACGCUCGUCGGCACCACCAACGGCCUGCGCAUCAAGUCGUACGAGGACUCCAAGUCGUCGCCCAAGGCCAGCAAGUUCCUGUACGAGGACGUGACCAUGGACAACGUCUCCUACCCCAUCAUCAUCGAUCAGAAGUACUGCCCCAACAACAUCUGCGUCAGGUCCGGCGCCUCCAAGGUGGCCGUCACCGACGUCGUCUUCAAGAACAUCCACGGCACCUCCAACACGCCCGAGGCCAUCACGCUCAACUGCGCCAACAACCUGCCCUGCCAGGGCGUGCAGCUCAUCAACGUCGACAUCAAGUACAACGGGUCCGGCAACAAGACCAUGGCCGUCUGCAAGAACGCCAUCGGCAAGUCCAGCGGCUUGGCAAAGGAGCUCGCCUGCAUCUGA